GCCCAGUCCCCCUCCCCGUUGCCUGCGCUAUAUGGAAUGACUUCUUGCGGUCAAACCUGUCUUAAAUCCUACUUAAGAAUGACGUCCCUCUGAACUAGUUUGUGUGAGUUUUUUCAGAGAUGCAUUGUGGGAGUGGUGGGCUUAGGCAGGGCAGCGGCUCGCCUAUAUAACCCGGCUUACCAGCAUCCCAAUAAAACCUGGCCAUCGUUUCCUCGGCGGACUCCUUGCGAUUAAUAUCAAACUACACUGUCUAAAAAUGGUGCUGGAUGUGGAAGAUACCGCUUAUUUGUUACAUAAUGCUGAACAAGAUGUUGAAACAGUGCAUGGUUCUGUCCAUGUCACCAUGUGUGGGACUCCCAGGGGGAGCAGGCCUGCGAUUCUGACAUACCACGAUAUUGGACUGAAUCAUAAAACAUGCUUCAACCCCCUCUUCAGUUGUGAAGAUAUGCAGGAGAUCACACAGCACUUUGCCGUCUGCCACGUGGAUGCCCCUGGGCAGCAUGAUGGGGCGGCCUCUUUCCCGGCUGGAUAUAUGUACCCUUCCAUGGACCAACUUGCUGAAAUGCUGCCUGGAAUCCUGAAGCAGUUUGGACUGAAAAGUGUGAUCGGAAUGGGAACUGGAGCUGGUGCCUAUAUAUUAACCAGAUUUGCUCUUAACCAUCCUGAUAUGGCAGAAGGGCUCGUUCUUAUUAACGUCAACCCCUGUGCUGAAGGCUGGAUGGACUGGGCCGCCACCAAGAUUUCCGGAUGGACUCAUGCCCUUCCAGAUUUGGUCAUUUCACAUCUUUUUGGCAAGGAAGAGAUUAAUAACAACCAGGAUUUGAUCACCAGCUACCGCCAGCACAUCAUCAAUGACAUGAAUCAAAACAACCUGCACCUUUUUGUCAACUCCUACAGCAGCCGAAGAGAUCUGGAAAUUGAGCGCCCAGUGCCUGGUGCAAAUGUUGUUACUCUAGAAUGCCCUUCCCUGUUGGUGGUUGGGGACAGCUCUCCUGCCGUUGACGCUGUGGUUGACUGCAAUGCUAAACUGGACCCAACAAAGACUACUCUCUUAAAGAUGGCUGACUGUGGUGGUCUUCCUCAAGUGUCCCAGCCUGCAAAACUUGCCGAAGCUUUCAAAUACUUUGUUCAGGGAAUGGGAUACAUGCCUUCCGCAAGCAUGACCAGGCUAAUGAGAUCCCGAACGGCUUCUGGUUCCAGCAUCGCCUCCUUAGAAGGAAGCAGGAGUAGAUCCCACACUGGCGAGGGAGUGAGAAGUAGAUCCCACACUGGAGAGGCAGUCCGCAGCAGGUCUCAUACCAGCGACGAUGCCCGGAACCGCUCUCACCCAGACACCCGCAUUGAGCUCACUCCCAAUUCAGCAAACAAUGCCGAACAAUCGAGCCCCAAGUCGAUGGAGGUUUCCUGUUAAGUGAAAGAAGCCGGAGUUGUAAUCGAGACCCAACUGCCACCCACUGUGCGUCAUGAUAUUUGAUAUUUAACCCAAAGCAUUUUCUGUAUCAUGGCUUUCUUCCCCUCCCAGAGUUCCACGGGGACCAAUAAAACAAACAUCUCAGUUGCUCUGUUUCCCUAACAGAGGUUGCUGCUAUUCUUUUCCUCCAACUAAUUGUACAUUUCUUUAAAAAUUUAUCCAGUGGGAAAGCUAACACUGGUGGCAGUCUUCAAAGCAGGUCCUAUAACUUUUUCUCAAAUUUGAAUUUAAAAAAAAAAAAAAAUGCCCCAUUAGUGUAGAAGCUUCCUUUGAAAAGGAUAAUGCCCGAUGGGAGACUUUUUGUCUUACAAAAUAAAAGUUCCAGCCUCCUGUCGAAUCUGGACUUACUCAGAUCUGUACAUAUUUAAAUAAUCGAAUGGUAUUGUAUAUUUUUGGCCUCUUGAGUCGUACGCGGGGCCAGUUUUUCCUACAUUAAAAUAGGGGGCACAGUGCAACUUCCAGGCAAACAAGAUCGUAAAAGCCUUUUAUUUCUUGCUACCUGACGACUUGUUGCAGCGCUCCCUCUUUUUUUAGAACUUUUGAAACUGCUUUUAUCUGCCUGACGGCAAGAUCCAAAUCACUGAGAAACCUACUUCUGUUCAAGGCUUUGUUCUUGCAUCUCGAAGGCAGCGGGAGAGCUAGUUGGCAUAAUGAUACCUCUUUGGGUAAUAGCACUUGGCAGUGAGGAACAGCAGGUGGGGGCGCUCUGGUUCCCUGCGGGGUGCGUUCUCUGAUCUCUCCCGCCUGAAUAAGGGGGGGGUUUUGGCCGUUGUUUACAGGAUUAUCUAAUGGAGCCUGACAGUAAAUAGGCUUAGAAUGGUGGAAAACUUGUAGGGUGGUUGAAGUACGGUGCGUUCAACUGCCACACUGAUUGGGCCUAAAAUAAAUCACUAUUAAAGUUUGCCUGCCGCUGGGCAAAAACGUGCCCCACAUAGUUUGUGGUAGAGAGAGAUGCAAGAUGGUGAUGCAUUUAAUGAUUGUAAAUGGAGAGGGAGAGGCUGAUUCUGCUAUCUUAAGGCUAUCUGAAGAACUAUAUUUUGGGAAGCCAUGGGCAACCCAGCCGAUUUCCAGCGUAGAUGGGCAUUCUAGAUUUCACACCCACACACUGGCUUUUUUAUCUCUUCGCUACAUCGCAAUUGUUAACAUAGCCUAAUGAUUUUCAGAUAUUGCUCAUGCAAAGCAUCCAGCUUCUCAACGCCUGAAUAUCAGAGGGGGGGGAGUCAUUCCAGAUAACUGAACUCUUGUAUCGGUGAAUUGCCUACUUUUUAAAAAAAAAAAAUGACAACUUGAAGAGUUUUCCUGGUGGUUUGUAAAAAGGAGCACAGACUUGUAAUUGAGAGGCUGAACUUGUCUAUUUCGGGAGAGUUUAUUAAAAGAAUUGUUUGUAUUUAUUUCAAAGAAAAAAUAAAUUUGUAACUUUGCAA